AUGCCGGCCGCUACGCACGCAGCCGUCAGCUCCAAGAAACGAAAGAGCGCUAAGGAUGGUUCCUCUUCGUCCAAGCGCCGAGCAGUCGCAACCGAUUCGAACGAAGAUGCGACAAUGUCGAAGAUUACCGAGCUAGAAAUCCAAAUCUCCGAGUCGCGAAAGCAUUACAACAAUAUCGUGACUUUGCUGUCGAUGUUGGAUGUCGGAGAAAAUGCGCAGAACCCGAACUUGCCCGUGGCAGUCUCUCUCUGCCGAGUCUUCAGCAGAUUGAUCGCGGCCGGAAAUUUCACAGAGUCGAGUCGGGCGGAUGACAACGAGAAACUUAUUGUGGCGUGGUUGAAGGAACGAUUCCAGGAAUACCAGAAGGCGUUGGUGACUGUUAUGCGUGAGGGUGACGCUUCUGCUCAGGUUACGGCAUUGACUCUAAGCAUGAGACUUGUCGGCGAGCAAGUGACACAUAUCCCCAGUGCAGAUAGCUAUGUUUGGUCCUCGGGUCUGUUCAAGAACGUUUUCGAGGCCGUCAUCGAGGCGCCGGAGGGCCAAGCGCUGCAGGCGGAGUUCAUCGAAAAGUUCGUCAAGGUCUACGAGGACGUGAGAUUCCAUACAUUCACACGAAUUUCCGAAUACGCCUCGACAAAGCGGACAACCCAAACCCUCGAAACCCUCAUCACUAUCCUCUCAGCCAACGACACAAUCCCCACCCCCUCCCACGAAUUCUCAACCUUCUACACAAAAACCAGCGCCUCCAACAAAAAACUCACCUCCGUCAACUCCCACAAAAAGCGUGCCCAAGACGCCUGGCUCGCAGUCCUAUCCAACAACCUCUCCCAGUCCCAGCGCAAAUCCCUCCUCCGCAUGAUGGUCCACCACAUCGAGCCCUGGUUCACCCGCCCGGAACUCCUCAUGGACUUCCUCACAGAUUCGUACGAUAUCGGCGGCGCAACUUCCCUCCUCGCCCUCUCGGGCCUGUUCUACCUCAUCCGCGAAAAGAAUCUCGAUUACCCGCAGUUCUACACCAAGUUAUACUCGCUUCUUGAUGCGGAUCUGCUGCAUUCGAAACACAGGUCGCGGUUCUUCCGGUUGAUGAAUACAUUUCUUAAUUCUUCGCAUCUUCCCGUCUCCUUGGUCGCUAGUUUCAUUAAGCGUCUCGCGCGUCUCGCGCUGAACGCCCCGCCACCCGCUAUCGUCGCUAUCAUCCCCUGGAUGUACAAUCUCUUCAAAAACCACCCCACCACAACAUUCAUGAUGCACCGCGCCAACCACGACGCAGAGUUUAAGGCCGAGCUCGACGCAGAAGGCAUGGAUGACCCCUUCGACCCCGACGAGCCGGACCCGACCCGCACAGACGCUGUCGAGAGUAGUGUCUGGGAAAUUGUCACGCUGCAGACUCACUACCAUCCCAACGUUGCUGCUAUUGCACGGAUCAUCUCGGAGCAGUUUACGAAGCAGGCGUAUAAUUUGGAGGAUUUCCUGGAUUAUACGUAUCAGGGGAUGUUGCAGGGAGAGUUGGGGACUGAAGAUCGGCCGUUUAAAAGGGUACCGGUUGUGGAGUAUCAUAUUCCCAAGCGGAUUUUUACCGAUCGAGGGCUUGAGGAGGAUGGUGGUAUUGAUACGGCGCCAGGGAGUCUAAUGCGGAACCUCUGGGAUUUUACAUAA